UCUGCUAUAAAAACCAUGCUCCCAUGUUCCUCCUCAAGAGAAUUCCUGAGUUUCCCUUUGGUUCACACCUUCAACAUGCUGACGCUAAAGCUAAGCGGGAUCCUUUUGCUGCUGAUCCUGUGCCAACAUGGCAUAGAUGCACUUGCGAUCUGUGAAGGAGAAAAUGGGAGCAUCAGCUGUCGUUGGGGAUCAAUAAGGGUUAUUAGAGCCACCUACGGACGGACCGAUCGCACAACAUGUGCUCAUGGGAAACCAACUUCUCAGAUCACAAAUACGAACUGCAGAGCACCAGUCACCCAAACAAUUUCCUCACAGUGCAAUAAAAAAAAGAGUUGUGUUGUUUCUGCAUCAAACUCACUUUACUCUGAUCCUUGUGUUGGAACUUAUAAAUACCUGGACGUGACUCAUAUAUGUUUGCCAUGAAGUGUGUUGUGAAGACUUCUUGUCAACUAAGUGCUUCAAACUCUGAUCCAUGUCAGCUGUCAAUAUCUGGAAGUGACUUACAGCUGUAAAUAAUAUUUGUGCAGCCGUAUGUUUUGUGUGUUAUAAAUGAAAGUGAUCGUUAUUAUAUAUACACAAUACAUUUAAAUAUGGGGUUCAGAAUAAAAUUUUUACAAACCUAAUUUUACAACUUCUAUAUAUUUUUUGAAAGCUUUAAUGAUCAUGUGUCAACAAAUGUGAAUAUUGGGAAGCAAAAUGUCUCAAAGUAAAAUGUUUUAUUUUUGUAAAUGCAUGUCAUGGCUUUUUGAUUUUGAGGGGAUUUUCUCUCAUAAAAAUGUUAGACACUAUUAUAUCUAUGUAAAUGUAUGAAAUAAUGUUUAAAUGACUAUGUUUAUCAUAUUAAUGGAAAACAAUCAUGUGAUCUGGCGAGAAAACAACUCAGAUUCUAGUAGAAGAAUCUACAAAAUGUAAGAGUUGUCUUCAUAUCAGUUUUUAUAUUUUCUUUAAAGCUGUUUUGUAACAAUUUGUAUUGUAAAAAACACUAUAAAUAACGUGUAAAGAAUGUCGUAAAACUUUUAAAUAUACUAUAAAACUA